AUGAGGUUUUUCAUAGGACUCACUUGGCUCUUGAGCUCCAUCAUUGCAUUGGCACAAGCUGAUUUCACUCCUGAAAUACAUUCACAAAUAUCAGAUCAUGUAUCAGACACAUUGCUAUAUAUGGAUGAUUCUUCAGUUAUACUUGAUCUAAAUAGGGAUCAAUUACAAAGAUCAGAUGAUGAUGGUAAGAAUUGGAAUAAAGUUUUGGAUGGUGUAAAGAUUCAAAAUAUCUAUGUUGAUAAAGUUAAAAAAGACCGUGUAUUUGCAUUUACCCCGGAAAAGACUCAUUAUGUUUCAAAUGAUCAAGGUGCAAAUUGGAAUACUUUUACUGUUGAUAUUAACCCAAAUUUGAAUUAUGAAGUUAAAGUUAACAGUAAAAAUCCUGAUAAAGUUUUAUUAGCUUUUAUUGAAUGUGAUAAGGAUUUAAGAUGUAAAAAUACGUUAUUUUAUACAACUGAUGGGUUUAAAACUGAUCCAAAAUUGAUGUCUGAUAAAGUUGCUUAUUGUACAUUUACCAAAUCAAAUAAUGUAUUUGAUGAAGGUCAUGAUGAUAGAAUUUUAUGUCUUGAAACUGAAAGAGAUAAUCACGGUUAUAUUAGACAAACUAAAAUUGUUACAUCAACUGAUUUUUUCCAAACCCAAGAAAUUAUCAAUGAUAAAUCAGGUGCACUCGGUUCAAGUUUUGUUCUUGCAAUUGAUGUUAUUCAAUCAUAUGUUGUCGCUACUGUUCAAACUGAUAAAUAUGGUGGAACUGGUUCAACUGUAUCCUUAUAUGUUUCCAAAGAUGGGUAUGAAUUCAAGAAAGCAGUUAUCGAUGCAUCUGUUGUUAGUGAUAGUUUUACAUUCUUACCUUCAACGCCUCAAUCUUUACAUAUAAGUGUUUGGGGUAUCACUGAAGAUGGUAAACAAAUUUCAGAUAUUUUGUCAUCUGAUAGUGAAGGUAUUCAAUUCAAGAAACUUUUGGAAAAUGUUGAAAGUAAUUUCCUAGGGUUUGUAAAUUUGGAGAAAGUUGAAACUGUUGAUGGUGUUUGGAUUGCAAAUGUUGUUGAAGGUUAUGAUUCUGUAACUUUAGAACCUUUAUCAAAAUCAAAAAUCACAUUUGAUGAUGGUAGAACAUGGAGUUAUUUGAAAACUCCAGAUUGUAAAGGUGAUGAUCAAUGUUCUUUAAAUUUAUUAAGUUUAGAAGAAAGACGUGGUGAUGGUCAAGGUGCCACUGGUGCAACCCCUGGCAUACUAAUGGCUAUUGGUUCUGAAGGUAAAACUUUGGAUAAAAGUGUUUUAAAUAUGCAUACUUAUGCCUCCAGAGAUGGUGGGUUGAAUUGGGUCAAGACAAUUGAUGACCCAACCAUUUUUGCCUUUGGUGAUUUAGGUAAUGUCAUUGUUGCAGCCCCAUAUGUCAAAUCUGAUAGACGUCAAGAAACCUUAUUGACCAAAACUAUUUAUUAUUCAUUAGAUCAAGCUCAAACUUGGCAAAAAUUUGAACUUGAUUUGGAAAUUUUCCCAUUCUUAUUGACAACUACUAUUGAUGGUACAACAACAAAAUUCAUUCUUUCUGGUCUGUUCAGAAAAGAUAAUUCAAAUUCAAAUAGUCAAGUCAUUUAUUCACUUGAUUUUGCUAAAGCUUUUGAUAAAACUUGUGAAAAGGGUGAUUUCGAAACAUGGUAUGGUAGAUCAAAUGAACAAGGUGAAGGUAUUUGUAAUUUUGGUCAUAGAGAUGCGUUCCAAAGAAGAAAACAAGAUGCUAAAUGUUUCGUUAAUAAACCAUUUGUUGAUUUGAAAGAAGUUGACGAACCAUGCUCAUGUACUGAAUUAGAUUUUGAAUGUAAUUUUGGUUUCAAUAAAAAUUCAAAAGGUGAAUGUGUUGCAAACUACAAUGCUAUCAAUAAGAUCUGUGCUGAAUCUGAUUCCAAAGACAUUAAAUUACAAUCAAAAAGAAAAAUUCCAGGCAAUCCAUGUACUGGGGGUGAUAUCUCUACCAAUGAACAGACUUUCAACUGUGAUGAUGCUACUUUGAAAGCAAACAAAAUUGAAAUUGUCGAAACUUCAUUUAAAGGAAGAAUUUCACGUUAUGUCUUCUUGGAACAAACACCAGACCAUUCAUCAGAUGAAACUGUUAUUGUUAAAACAACAUUGAAUGAAGUUUUCAUUUCACAUGAUGGAGGUAAAAAUUUUAAGAAAUAUCAAACAAGUGAUGAAAUUUUUGAAAUUUAUUUAAAUCCAUAUUAUAAAGAUGAUAUCUUUUUAAUUGGCUCAAAUGAGAAAUUACACAUCUCUUCAGAUAGAGGUACAAGUUUCCAAGUCGUUUCAUUGCCUUCACAAAUCAACAUAUUUGGUUUACAAAUUUUAUCAUUCAGCAAUCAAACAAAUGAUGCAUUCAUUUAUUAUGGUGAUGAACAUUGUGAUUCAAGAUUCAAUCAAGACUGUGUUCCUGUUGCUUUUUUAACAACUGAUCGUGGUAGAUCAUGGAAAACAUUAGCUAAAAACAUUAGACAUUGUGAUUUUGUUGGUGCAAGAUAUAUUGAAAGUGGAGCUGAUAAAAACACCAUUUAUUGUCAAAUUAAUUCUUUGGAUGGUGGUGCUUUAAUCUCUUCAAAUGACGAAUUUAAAUCACAAGAUACACUUUUCGAGAAAAUUGUUGGUUUUGCCACUACAACUCACUAUACCGUUGUUGCUGCUAUUGAAGGUGAUUCAUUAAAAGCAUAUGUUACAAUUGAUGGACAAAAUUUCGCAGCUGCUGAGUUCCCAAAGGAUUUCCAAGUUCAUAGACAACAAGCAUACACUAUAUUAGGAUCUGAAAGUGGAGCAAUUUUCUUGCAUGUCACUUCAAAUAGUAGAGCUGGUACUGAAUAUGGUUUAAUCUUAAAAUCUAACUCAAACGGUACUUCAUAUGUCUUAUCUGAACCUUUUGUUAAUAGAAAUGAAAUUGGAUUUGUUGAUUAUGAAAGAGUUGAAGGAUUAGAAGGUAUUGCUAUUAUUAAUCGUGUUGAAAAUCCAUUUGAAGCUCAAAAGGGCUCAUUAAAACAAUUGAGAACUAAGAUCACUUUCAACGAUGGAUCUGAUUGGGAUUAUAUUCAACCUCCUUCUACUGAUUCUGAAGGUAAGAAAUAUCCAUGUAUUGGUAAACCUUUAGAACAAUGUUCAUUACAUUUACAUGGUUAUACUGAAAGAAAAGAUUUCCGUGAUACAUUUGCAUCUGGUUCUGCUACUGGUGUCUUAAUUGGUGUUGGUAAUGUUGGUGAUAAAUUAUCAUCUUUCAAUGAUGCUUCAACUUUCUUAACAGCUGAUGGUGGUUCUACCUGGAGAGAAGUUAAACAGGGAGUUUAUCAAUGGGAAUACGGUGAUCGUGGUUCAAUUAUAGUUUUAGUUGAUGAUCAAACUAAUACUAAUACAAUUUUCUAUUCUCUUGAUGAAGGUAAUUCAUGGAAUGAAUAUAAAUUUACUGAAGAUCAAGUUAUAAUUCAAGAUAUCGUAACAGUUCCAUCUGAUACUUCCAAAAGAUUCUUAUUGAUUGCAAAUUCUCCAUCAAAUAAAGGUGAAGAGACAAAAACAUAUGCACUUGAUUUUGAAAAUGUCUUUGCAAGACAAUGUGUCUUAGAUUUAGAUAAUCCUGAUAAAGAUGAUUUUGAAUAUUGGUCACCAAAACAUCCAUUUUCUUCAUCUGCAUGUUUAUUUGGUCAUGAAGCUCAAUACUUGCGUAAAUUAUCUGAUCGUACAGAUUGUUUCAUUGGUAGUGCACCACUGAGUGAUGCUUUCAAAGUUAUUAGAGAUUGUCCAUGUACAAGAUUGGAUUAUGAAUGUGAUUUCAACUAUGCUAAGGCAAAAGAUGGUACAUGUAAAUUAAUUGAUGGAUUAGAACCUGAAGAUCAUUCAGAAAUUUGUAAAGUUGAUAAAGAUGCAUAUGAAUAUUUUGAACCUACAGGUUAUAGAAAAAUUCCAUUAUCAACAUGUGUUGGUGGUCAAGAAUUUGAUAAAUUUGAUCCAAUUCCAUGUCCUGGUAAAGAAGACGAAUUCAAUAAGAAAACAGGUAGAGGAUUACAUGGAUUCAAUUUAGCCAUUGUUAUUAUAGUUCCAAUUUUGGUUUUCUUAUUUGCAGUUUGGUUUGUUUAUGAAAAAGGUAUUCGUCGUAAUGGUGGAUUCCAAAGAUUUGGUGAAAUUAGACUUGGUGAAGAUGAUGAUCUUAUUGAAAAUGAUGCAACAGAUAAAGUUGUUAAUACUAUAGUUCGUGGUGGUAUAACAAUUAUUGCAGCAGGUAUUGCCACUUUCAAGAUGAUCAAGAUAUUUGAUGGAUUUUUAAUUAAUAAAGUUAAAUCAAUUUUCUCAAGAGGAAGUAGAUAUUCAAGAAGAGGUGCAGGUUAUUCAUCAGUUAAUGAUGGUGAUUUCAGAGAUGAUGAUGAAGAAGAUAUUUUAGGAGAUGUUAUUGAUGAUGGUGAAGAAGAUUAUAAUAUUGAUGAUGGUGAUGAUGGUGAAAUUUUAAAUGAUGAAUCAAGUAUUGCCACAGAAGCUGCAGAUGAUGAUUUAGGUUUAGAUGAACCAGAAGGUGAUGAAUAUACUGAUGAUCGUAAUCUAGAGUAA